AUGUCGAAGAAAACCGCAACGAAGGAAGUAGAGGAGGUGGUGCGCGUUGGCCCCACUCUCAAGGAGGGCGAGCAGGUCUUUGGUGUGGCUCACAUCUUCGCCUCGUUCAACGACACGUUCGUGCACGUGACCGAUCUGUCGGGUCGCGAGACGAUCGUGCGUGUAACGGGUGGAAUGAAGGUGAAGGCCGAUCGCGACGAAGCUUCGCCGUACGCCGCCAUGCUUGCCGCCCAGGACGUGGCCGCCAAGUGCAAGGAGGUGGGCGUCACCGCUCUGCAUAUCAAGAUUCGCGCCACUGGUGGCAACCGGACCAAGACUCCGGGCCCCGGUGCGCAGUCGGCUCUUCGUGCGCUUGCUCGUAAUGGCUUGAAGAUCGGACGUAUUGAGGACGUCACUCCCAUCCCGACAGACAGCACACGCCGAAAAGGUGGUCGCCGUGGUCGUCGUCUAUAG